UAGCUAUCGCAAAGGGGAAAAAAAAAGAGUGAAACCAUCCUACAAGAUCCAAUCGUCUCUGACUGUUCGCCUCGACUGUUCGCCCUCAGUGCAGUGUCGUAAUACCUCGUCACCCGGAACAAAACCCCUACAGCCUCGCGCGCGCUCGCAUAACUUCCUGUUAUAUACCCCGCUUCACCUUCGAUAGCAAGAGCCUGAACCCGCCCCUCGGCGCAAUCGCAAACCUAGGCCGCAUAACCCCAACUCCCCAAAAUGCCCGCCUCCGUCGACCAAGAGAACGACCAGUCCAUGAUGGACGCCGCCCCGGAGCAACAGUACGAACAACAGGAAGAGGAUGUCCUCGAAUUGGAAGAUAAGCGCGUCGUCGUUUUACCCGGAGCCACCGAAACCGCCGCAUCGUUCCAGUUCGAUGGAGAGGGUCAUACCCUGGGUAACGCGCUACGAUACGCGAUCAUGAAGAAUCCCCAAGUUGAGUUCUGCGGUUACACUAUCCCUCACCCUUCGGAGACGAAGAUGAACCUGAGAAUUCAGACUUAUGAUACGACGACCGCUGUGGAAGCCCUGGAGAAGGGUCUGGAUACCCUGAUGGAUUUGUGUGAUGUCGUCACGGAUAAGUUCACCGUUGCCCGGGAUGGUUUCAAUGCGUCCAAGGCGGAUCGCAUGGAGUCAUAGGCUUUUUUUGUAUUUUCUGUUUGUCUGGGGGUAAAUUUUCUUCGUGUGUUGGUUUUUCUUGGC